AUGUUUGCCGUGGUGCAAUUCAUCGAAAAUAAUAAAUUCCAGGUGUUGGCUGUGCCGACCUCCUGGAUCCAAAAGAACGUGCUGAUGUGGCCAAAGUUGUCGGUCGAAAAAAUUGAGCGGUUGCGCGUAAGCGGUUCCGAAUUCAACGGACCAACCAAGCGGAUUCCCGUAAUCGUUUGGAGAAAGCUCCGGAACUUUAAAGCAGCUGAAAAAGCUGCGGAAGAGCUCGCGAGAAAGGAAGUGUCCGAUGUGGAAGGGAAGAAAAAGUUAUUAAAACCAGAAAAGAAACCAAAACUGAUUGAUGCCAAGAACUACAAUUUGAUGUGUGCAGGUAAGAAAAGUAAAUUUCCUUCAGCGCUCCAGAAUCCGCCACCCAACGCAAACCGUGACCCACAAUGCAACUUCAAGCCGGCACUUGACCAUCAGCAAACGCAAAAUUUACCGAGCCAAAAGACAACACCGUCCCCGUCACAUCUUUCGAUUACGCACGUUCCGUUGGAGCAGGCAACAUUCAUUCAAGUGCCGCAAACAUCUUCAGCGCUCUCGUUACCGGUGGUUCAACAACCGAUCGUGACGCCACAGAGAAACGCACCUCAGGUUCAUCAAGCUGAAACGUACAAGCAGACUACAUCGCUACCACUGUUCAUCAAUCAGUCCGCCACCACACCACCAGACCAGUUUGCAGAAACAACAUCGACGCACUACAUGCAGCAGAAAGUAGAACCAAUGUAUUGUUCACAAAAUGAUAUAUAUUUUCUUUCGACGGAUUCGGCGACUGGCUACGGAAAUUUGGAUAAGCAUGUCAUAGCAGGUGGCAACGAUACUGUGACGUACGGCGAGUUGAAGAAGGACUUGCAGCAGUUUAUUCAGACUACAAUGGAAGCAACAGUACAGAAAUGCUUCGAGGAUCAUUUUGCACGAUUGGCCGCACUGAUGGAAAUCCACUCAAAACAUCCCAGUGAGUCGUCUGAACCAUUUGAGGACCCUGUUGAAAAUCACAAAAGGAUUAACAAUGAAUGUGAAUUGCAUGACUGGAAUUUGAAGCUGGGAAAUCAAACUCUUUGUGAUAAAUAUCUUACUUACUUCACCCGAAUCAUUCCACCGAGUUCGUACCAUUCGAAUGGAAAUAAUGCGUGCUACACGAUUGUGGAUUGCUUAUUUACCAGAGAUUUCUGGACCCGCUUCACCUGGACCGGAAUCAACCGAGGCGAAAAAUCGAAACGUGGUUUCAGAGAGUUUGGGAACGUUCUACAUCUUCUUCUCAAACUAGUCUGCAUUGGUGAUCCAACAUACACUGCUCAAAAGUUGGAGGACUUCAUCAGAUCUCGUUUGUUCCGGUACUGCAAACCCCGUUCAUCCAGUAAGAAGUUACGCCGAUCUGCAACCCGCCCUUCGCGAAUCAAGUAUACCGAAGAGAAUCCUGUGGAAGCUAUGGAUGCACCGGAAUCAGCUAGUACUGAUGUAGUUGUGGAGCAAGCUGGUGAUCGUGAAUCGGUAAUGAUUCUGGGUGACUUAAUGGACGAUAAAGAAAUGUAUGCUGGUGAAUAUGUUGAUAUUGAAUAUUAUGAUGAUGAAGAUGCUGGUGGUGAAGAUGCUGGUGAUGAAGAUGCUGGAGGUGAAGAUGCUGACGGAGUACAUGAUAAUGGUGAAGAUGACGGUAGCGAAGAUGAUCGUAGCAAAGAUGAUGGUAGCGAAGACAAUGGUAGUGAAAAUGAUUAUAGCGAAGUUGAUGAUUAACUUUUUUUUUUUUACUGUUUUUUGAUAAGAAGAUUUCAUUUGACAAUAGAAUUAAACAAACUUGUUGAAGCAUUUAUUUUCAUUUGAUCAAUACACAA